AGUCAUGAAGGAAUCAAGAACCUGAACAGAAGAAGACAAGCAGUGAAUCUGUGAUACUCAUCCACUACCCUACCAGUCUUUCUGUGACCGUGUGACCAUCUGUGAUUCCCCAAGGCUGUCUGUGAUAUUACUGAACAAACAUGCUGUCCAGCACACCAAAAAUGAAGAAGCAGGAACCUGUAUUCCGAACUCCGAUGACAUACAGCCCCCGUCUUGUUGGCAACAAACCUGUCCCAUCACCAUCACGCCAAGAACUCUGGCGCAGACAGCUGGGAUUUGACGAUAUUGACGACCGCCCAUCCACGCCUGGCAGCUACCACGACCCCUACUCAGACACAGACACCGACCACGAGGAUUCUGGGAGAUUUGCAGCCUCCGUGUCAAGUCCGUGUUCACUGGCCGAAUACCACAGUCUGCAGAAGGAACUUGAAGAACGAAACAACCAGCGUGAUGACCUUCUGCUACAGGUCAAGACAUUAACAGACAAGAACAAGCACUAUCGGUCAACAUUAACUAACGAAGAAAACAGUAAGAAACAACAACUGGGAAUUCUACGAAAAACUCACCAGACCCAGCUAGAAGAAAAAGACGACCUAAUUCAGACCCUCAAAGAACUAUUAGAGGAACAUGAGAGUAGGAUAGAACAGCUAGGGAGAGAUGUACAGGGUAACAUCACAGCACAGGCGACCUCCACCAACCCACCCAGCACAGGCACAGAUAUAGCCUCGACCUCAGCCUCCACAUCAGCCUCGACCCCAGCUUCCAAGUUGGUGGAGAAGGUGACCCUCCUCCAGGAUGACAAGUUGGAGCUGACCAGGGAGCUGGUGACCUUGCGCUCGGAGACGGAGCUGCAUGAGCUGGGCCAGAAUGAAACCAUCCAGAACCUUCAGCAACUCAACGCCAAGCUGGAGAAGGAGAACGCCCAGCUGCAUGACGAGAUCACCAAACAUCACUGUGGGAGUGACUUUGAUUCAUCCAUCACGGGGCUGUGCACGACAGACACUGAGAAGCAGCUGGAGAAGGUGCAGGCUGAGAACAACCAACUCGCCAAGCAGAUCAGCGGACUCCGCAAACUCUCCGCCCGACCCUCGUCCAUCGCUUUCAACUCCGACAACACACAGAUUCAAUUGCUGCAGGAAGAAAAUGAAACACUCCGAAAUGAAGUGUCACUGUUGCAAGAGACUCUGGACCAGAAAGAGGCUCAACAGCGGGAUGCAGAAAUCAAGCAUCGGUCAUCAGUCAUGAAACUGUCAACAGAUAGCCAGGCGUUGUCGCGGCAACUGAGAGAAAUGAAGGCGGAGAUGGUGGCGCUUCAAGCCCGGGAACCAGAGGUGAUGCAUCAGAUACAGCGUGUGCAGGUGGAGGUGGAGUCAGACACCUUAAAGCAGACGCUGCGAGACGCCGAGGACCGCAAUUCCCAGCUGCAGAAUGAAGUGCAACUACUGGAACAGCAGACAGCGCAGCGAGGACAGGCAGCGUCGGAACUACAGCAGGAGAAGGAACAACUGCUACAUGAGCUUGCAAGUCACCAAAGUAAACACCAGGAGCUGCAGGUGUGCAUGGAAGAGAGGCUGGGUGAGAUGGAGGCGGAGAAGCAGCGGGCUGUCCAGACGGUCAGACGAGAGACGGAGGCAGAGAUGGCUGGUCUCCGGGCCAAGUGUCUCGGCAUGUGUGAGAAGCUGGUGUCCGUGCAGACGUCCUUUGAUGAGGUGAUGGUUGCGUACAUCCAGCUUCAGAAGUUGACCAAGCAGUUCCCGACAAUGCUGGCAAAGACAGUCGCCCUGCUGAAGGCGGAGAUGGUGAAGGCGAUCGAGGCAGUGAGUGAACAUAACAAGGAGCUGGUCAAGAAGUACCACCGUGAGAUGUCACUGCGGAAGAAAUACCACAAUGAGCUGGUAGAGCUCAAAGGCAACAUACGGGUGUUCUGCCGAGUUCGACCCUGCAUCAAGGAGGAUGGACAGCAGAGAGACGUGGUUGUUACAUACGACCGUGAUGAUGAUGGCCUCGUCUACGUCGACAACAAGGGGAGGUGUCAGACAUUUGAGAUGGAUCGAGUGUUCACCGACACCAGCACACAGAUAGAGGUGUUUGAGGAGGUCAAGGCUCUUGUCACCAGCUGUAUCGACGGCUUCAACAUCUGCAUCUUCGCCUACGGUCAAACAGGUUCUGGCAAGACGUACACCAUGGAGGGCCCCUCAUCAGAUCCGGGCAUCAACCAGAGGGCGCUGCAGGAGUUGUUCCGGGAGACCAGUGAGAAGGGGCGAGACUGGCAGUUUACCAUCACCGUCAGUGUGGUAGAGAUCUACAAUGAAAACCUCAGGGAUCUGCUGAACAAUGACAACGGCACCAAGCUGGAAGUGAAGAUGAACCCAGACGGAGGCUUCCAUGUUCCUGGUCUCACACACUACCAGGUGGCCACUGUCCAGGAUGUCAACAAGGUGUUUGCCAUGGGCCAGAGGAACCGUGCCACAGCAACCACCAACAUGAAUGAACAUUCCUCACGAUCUCACGCACUGUUGUGUGUCACCAUCACCGGUGUCAACAAGACAACCAACACUAAAACUGUCGGCAAGCUGAACCUGGUUGACCUGGCCGGGUCUGAGCGGGUUAGCAAAUCAGGAGCAGACGGAGCACGUCUCAAGGAGGCCCAGAACAUCAACAAGUCUCUCUCCUGUCUGGGAGAUGUCAUCCAUGCUCUGCGCAGCAAGCAGAACCAUGUUCCGUAUCGCAACUCGCGGUUGACGUACCUCCUCCAGGACUCACUGGGGGGUGACAGCAAGACGCUGAUGAUCGUCCAGGUGGCGCCAGUGGAACGCAAUGUCAGCGAGACCACUUGCAGUCUGAACUUCGCUCAGCGUGUCCGGUCUGUGGAGCUUGGUGCUGCCUCCAAGAGGAUUGAGUCAAACACAGACCAUAAUGAGAAUGGACUUUCCUCACCUCUGCCCAGUCCACGGAGCAGUCCAUCUUCCCCUCGCACUCACACACCGGGUAAAUCCACCCCUGGGAAACUCGCGUCUACCUUCGGCAAGAUCAACACUCCAGUAGCCAAUGGCAAGCCAGGAACGCCUACAUCAUCACGAACUCCAGGACAAAUGUCAAGGACGCCGUUGUCACGACAACUUAGCAAGAAAGCAAAAUAAUUGACAAAUUCCAAACUUUUGGAAUUCUUUAGCAUCACAGUUAUAUAAAAUAUCAGGUUUUAGGUCUGUUGACUAUAGACCAGCCCUACUUUGUUCACCUGUUUCUAACUCUUCAAGUUCAUUUUGCAGACUGUAUAUUUGUCCAGUGUAGCAUAGUUACGAGGAAACAGAAAAGCCAAACACAAUGAGAGAUGUAUAUUUUGUUAAUAUUUGUAUAUAUUUAGUCAUACUGGAGUUUUAGUUGUUUAGUUCACAUCAUUAUGGUUGACAUAUCAUGUAAAUUCUAUAUCACCGCUGUACCAUUGACUUCCCCCAUCACACUUGUUGUUAAUUCUGUUUUCUUUUUCAUUUCAUUUGAUUCAUGUUGUUUGUUUUUAUUCCUAUGUUACAAACUAAUCAUAACAUCAAGGUGCUUUCUCACGUACAGAAAUCAACUUUAGCAUAACAAACAACAACUGUCUCUUGUAGUCAGAAAUUGUAGUUAGAGUUAUCUCCCUUGUACUGAGUAUACAAGCAGUCCCGUGUGUAACUUGUGUUGUCAAAAGUUAGCCUGAUACUAUUCUCCUUUCAGGUAUUUAAAAGACAUGGAACAAGAUUUAUAAAUAAAUUUGAUUAUUUCUUCUCAUGACCUUUGAAAUGGAAUUACAACAGUUUGUAACAUAUUUUGAGUACUUUGUUUGUUUAAACAACUCGGGCACUGAACAUUGAAGUCAAGCAUUUGUUAUGUUUUGAAUUAAGUUGACAAUUUGAUAUACAACUUGUAACAUGAAUUGUCAACAAUAUGUAAGGCUUAAAAAAAUAAAAGUAUUGGUUCUCAGGCAAUGACUUUUGAAAAUAUAGUGCGGGCGGGCAGUGUUUUUUGGGGGGGGUUUUCUUGUUGAAACUAAUACGUGCCCAAAUAAACAGUUGUGUACCAACAACCUGGGAAAGGGCCACCCUAAAUAAAUACGCCUACAAACUCCUAUUGCUUCAAUGACCAAAACACGUGAUGCACAAUAAAGCAGUAUGCAUGUAAAGGGAAGUAACUGCAUUCUAUAUUGGAUCGCAUUGUUUUCAAGUAUUAGGAUAUUUUUUUGAUUUUUUUUAAAAUGGAAAUAAAAACCAAACGUGCAGCAGACUUUAUUAUGAUUCGGCGGUACCUGAGGACUAAGACUCUCUUUUUUUUGCGUAAGAAGAUAUGAACAUGGUUCAUGAUUGUAAUGUAAAUCUUAAACAGUGUGUAAACUAUAGUGAAAAUACUGCAGUGUACAUAAGUUGUGGCCAGUGGACUACAGACUGGGUCAGAUUGUACUGAACUGAGCUAUACAUGUUGAUAUUGCACACAACUAUAAAAGGAGGAGAAACCAGGUGAGUCGGUGUCAAUAUGGCGGCUGGCAUGGCUUCUCAUACUUCUCCCAAACCCGGUCCUGCUUCGCGAGACCACACCCCUUCACGAUGUCUUGAAUUCUCAAGUCAUCACAGGUUCAGUUAUUUUUGACUCAGACUGUAGUUAAACAAUUCAGUACAGUUAUUUUCAGUGAUAUCAUAAUGUAACUACUAAUAGUCCUUAUGUAGAUUUGCGGAUUUGUGACACUAUUAAUUUUAUCAGGCAGUUUAACAUGUUUAUCCGCAAAGAAAUAUUUCAACAUUCAAUUUUCUUCUCAUAAGGGUUUGUUCAUUAUUUAGAUUUGUCCAAGUUUCAAUAUCAUAAAUUCAGCUUUAACAAUUCAGCUGUAAGAACACAAAAGACAGUGUGCAGUGUUUUCAAGUGUGACUGCAGCGUUAGUGUAUUGAUUAAGUGUAUGGUGGUUGUCUUAUGUCAUUGGUUCAGUUUCACUAACAUCCAAGGGAAGGUGCCCCAUUACGCACUGUCAGUUAGAACUUUACCCUAGCCAGUUUGGUUCACUUUGGUUUAACCGACAACCAAUCAGAUACCUUGUUACAGACACACAACAGCCUACUUGUUUGCCCAAGAUGGAGGCAUGGGUGGAGGCCCUGUUUGAAAGCCAGCAGCUCUCGAUCAGUAAUCUGGUGCAAAUUCCGUUUAGUCAUGACCCGUUUCCAGUUUUUUUAUAUACAUUUAGAACACCAGGAACAAGGGAAAAAUAUAAUCAGUAUUGUAUCACAAACACACACAUCUAGCACUGAUUUGUCAGGUCCAGACUCGGUUGUAUACAGACCUCUGUCAUAUGGCUGGAAUAUUGCUGAGUGUGAGGUAAAGCAACAGCAUAAUGGAAGGUAUAUUCUGUAAUGUUAGUGUGUCAAUUGCUAUAAUCUGAUUGGUUGUUGGUUGUCCUUCCGUCCUGAUUUCGUUUGUUUCGUAGCUCUGCUAUCUGGAGCCUGGUGUUGGGUAGGCUUCUUAAACACCACGGUCACUGUCGUUGUCGACGUACGGUCGUCAGAUCCCCUGUCUAAACAUCCCCCAUGGACUCUUGGUUCCAUGUGGUUCCUCUUGGCAUUACUCCAACAUGCCUGCCUACUGGGAACAAGGAUCACCAGGGCACCAUUCCACAAAGCGAUCUUAGCGCUACGACUAUCGUAAGCCAGUGUUACGAUCACCUUAGCACUAAGAUGGCUUUGUGGAACAUGGCCCAGGGCCCUGUUCCACAAAGCCAUCUCUCAAUGUUAAGGUGAUCGUAACUCCCAUACUUUAACACUGGCUUACGAUAAUCUUAGCGCUAAGAUCGCUUCGUGGAACGGUGCCCAGGUGCCAUGUUUCUGUAAUACUUCCCUGAUACCCACAAGCUUUACAUUCUUUUAGAAUUUUUCUUUAACAGUUCCAUGUGGGUUGAAUUGUGUCUAAAAUGGUCAGAAAAUCAAAUAUUACAUGAAAACAACAUAGUCCAGCUGUAUACAUGUCAGAAAAAUCAUUUUUAUAUCUCGGCUUCAUUCUUCAAAUCCAAGUUAAACAUGACAGGAAAGUUUAAUGUCAUUAGUCCCAGGCACUUGUUUUAGUUGGUAAUGAGUUUCAUUAGUCCAUUAGCAAAAUCUGCUGCUAUGCAUGUUGCAGCUCAUAUAUGUUGUGUCACACUUGAAAACAUUUCACUUACCUUUUACAUCUGUGAUAAUACUUUCAUGAGCACUGUUCUAAAGAAGCUCUCGUCUUUAGGCAUAGAAAGAACAUCAUUUCUUCACAUUGAUUAGCAAUUAGUACUUAAAUCUAUGCAUUUAGAUUAUUAAGGAAGUGUCCUUCUGAAGAGUUGCUUGUUUGUCAUUAUGUUUAUUACAUGGCAUAUAUUAAGAACACAAGGCCAAUUUGAACUGCCACAAAUUUUGCCUCAAAAUAUUGGUUGUGGAGUUAUUUCCCUUUGACCAGGGGCUACUGAAGAAAUUACGCCAGUUUUGUCCAUGACUGUUUGUACAUUAGAGUGAAAGGAUAUUAUCAUCCAUAAAUGUGCCCAAUGAAAUUAUGAAUACAUGUGGAUAUUCAAGGAAGGAUUUUAUAUAUAAAAAAUGACACUCUUUGCAUUUAUGAAACGACACGCUGCAAACACUUUUCAUAAUGAAUCACUCAAAACACAGUCAUAUAUCAGUACUGAAUGUUGAUAUUCAAUUUAACAGAAUUAUAAUUGGUGGGUUUUUUUAACAUAAAUGCAUUUUGAAAAAUUUAAAUUAGCCUUUCCAUCAUCCUGAUUUCCCUUGAUCAUCAAGUGAGCAUGCAUCUCACAUGCAAGGAUGAUAUUAACAAAUACUCCCUGUAUUUGGCUGUACGUAGUGUUAGUAUCUCAGGUCCUCCAUGUCCAUAACUACAUUGUUGUACAACUUUACAUGACAGUGUUAUAAGCAAUAUAUACCACUCCAAAAAAGCAAAGUACAUGUAGCGAUAAGUUGUGGAUUUUUCCAUUUUUUAUCUCUACUUUGUCAUUCAUCGACUUCUAAGUAAUGCCUAUCAAACAAUUCACUCCCAAAAAGUUAUGGACCACCCAAUUCUUUCAUAUUACUGUCAUAUUAUUUGUCAUGAAGGAGAAGAGUCACUGCAUUGUGGUUCUGUAUAUAACUAUGACAAUUGUAAACAUUACCUGAAUCAAAACAGUUAUUAAAUAAACAUUUUCCAAAAUGUUGUGCCUCACUAAAAUAUCAAAAUUAUUCCAAAUAUGAAUUUUAAAAGUGUCUCAUCAUUUACCAUAUCAUUCUUGUCCAUGUUGUCAGAAUAGAAUCAAAAUAACUGUCUCAAAAUGUUUUAAUUUUUUUUGUACAAUAUCACUUGUCUAUUCUAUACAGGGACUAACGUUUGAUGUACAAUGUGUAUAUUACUGACAUGUCAAGUAUAUUCAACAGCUGGGGUGACACUUUUUUUGUAUUAAGUUGUUUACAGAUUCCUUCAACAAUAAAAUAAUGAAAAGUGGGGAAUUGGGGAACAAUACAUAAAGUUACAUGCUCACAACAAAAGAAUUGUACAUACGAUAGAUUAAAAAGCAAGACCCGUGUUAACUAACACUGCUUAAGUGGCAACAUUGUCAGUUUUGAAGAACAAAAAACAACUGAAGUGUCUUAUCUAUUGAAAACUAUUCCCCUCCUACCAACCAGGAAAAACAUCUGUAAACCACAAAAAAUAUGUCUGGCCUUAUGCCUGCGUUGUCCAGCUUCAUAAAGCCGCUAUACCUAUAGCAAAGCAUAUUCUGGCAUGGUCGCUGUACUGUAGCAGCCAAGUAUUACUUGCUACAUGGAAAUAAAAUAAAUCACAUGAAAGAGA